AUGGGUUAUUAUCCGGAUCAACGAUCAUCACCAACCAUCAGUGAUCAGCAGUCAUCACCAACGACCACAAGAGACCAGCACCGAUCACCAAGUGACUCCCGUCGACCACGCAUUCUAUCAGUCCACACAGCGAUUCAGGUUUCACUCCCUGCUGCCCGUCAUCUCGCAGAUCACCGUGUCCAACCGCCUAACCUUCAACUAGGACUGCCUGUGAAACACGGUAGAUUAACAAACGUUUUUUUAUUUGUUUUUAUCAUUCUCUCUGAUGCUGAACUUUAUUUGAUCCCAACCUAUCUAUCUAUCUAUCUAUCUAUCUAUCUAUCUAUCUCUCACAAGGCUUUUCCUUUCUUUCGUUCCUUUCUUUCUUCGUUUCCUUUCUUUCUUUCUUCGUCCAUUCCUUUUCUUUCUACUUUCGUUCGAAUGUUCGUCCAAAUUUCUUUCUUUCUUCGUUUUCUUUCUUUCUUCGAUUUGAAAUUGGCAACCUUUCCAUUUAAAAUCCAUUCACUUCUUAUCUUCCUUUUUCUUUCUUCCUUCAUUCGAUCGUUCGUUCGUUCCUUCCUUUUUUCUUUCUUCUUCGUUCGUUCGUUCGUUCCUUUUUCUUCCUUCCUUCCUUCAUUUCUUUUCUUUCUUUCGUUCUUAUUUCUUUCUUUCUUCCUUCGAUCGUUCGUUUCUUCCUUUCUUUCUUUCUUUCUUUCUUUCUUUCUUCGUUUGUUCGUUCGUUCAUUUCUAUCUUUCUUCAUUCGUUCGUUCGUUCCUUCUUUCCUUCCUUCCUUUCUUUCUUCGUUCCUUUCUUUCUUCGUUCCUUUCUUUCUUUCUUCGUCCAUUCAUUUCUUUCUUUCUACUUCCUACGUUCGUUCGUUCCUUCUUUCCUUCCUUCCUUUCUUUCUUCGUUCCUUUCUUUCUUCGUUCCUUUCUUUCUUUCUUCGUCCAUUCAUUUCUUUCCUUUCUUUCUUCGUUCCUUUCUUUCUUUCUUCGUCCAUUCAUUUCUUUCUUUAUACUUCCUACGUUCGUUCGUUCCUUCUUUCCUUCCUUCUUUUUCUUCGUUUUAUUUCCUUUCUUUCGUUCUUCGUUCCCUUCCUUUUUUUCCUUUCUUUCUUUCUUUCUCCAUUCAUCAUUUUUAACUGA